AUGCAGCGGAGUGUUGGUGGCUCAACACCGAGCAAGGCACCAGGAGAACGCAGCACGCCUUCUGCGCUGGGGCAGGGGCUUCAGGCCCAGGUUCCUGCUGCGGGUGCGUUAUCCGUUUCGAAUCGUGUGGCAGCAGCAGCAACAGCAGCAGCAGCAGCAGCUGCAGCAACAGCAGCAGCUCGUGCAGAAGCAACUGCUGCUACAGCUCGACGGUACCUACAACCGUGGGUACUCGUCGACAGAUAUAGUAAAUGGCGGCACCUAGAUCAAGAUGAGCUGAAGGCAUGGCAAGCGAAGGGGGAGAGUAUCUUCAAGGAGCACCUGUUGCCUUACGUUCCUUCAGAUAUAUCUCCUGCUGUUGCUGCUGUUGAGGCAGAUCUAGCAGCAGCAGGAGCAGCAGCAGCAGCUGCUGCUGCAGGCCUUGCUGCAUCAGCACCAGGAUCCUCAGCAGCAGCAGCUGCUGCAGCAGGCAGCGGAAACACGCCUGCUUCUGGUCGGGCUGCACAUAGCACAAGUGCUGCUGCGGCUGCUGCAGCAGCAGCAUCAGGAACGAAUCGUUUUACUUCUUUGUUUGGGGUUCCUGCUGCUUCGCAUCUAUCUGCUGCAGCUCUAAGCCAUCACCCAUGGACGGCGGCGCAAGUAAGAGAUGUAUUACGAGUUGAAAUAUGGGCGGGAGUGCCAGAUGCAUUCAAAUGUUGUGUAUUUAUUCAUUCAAACGAUGCACUACACAACCAGCAGCUGCAUCCUACGCUGUAUAGACAGGUGCAGCUUGAUUCCUUUGGGCCUCCACCUUUCCCUGGUUCUGAGCCGGGGAGAUGCCCCACGUUUAGUGGGGGUUUAUUAGGCUUAGAAGAAGACGUCUGCGGUGUACAGACAACUCUGAAUCAACUUGAACUCGAUGGAGAUGCUCCGCUUGCUACAUGGAGAUCUGCGCCUGAUGACCUUACAGGAAGAAAUGCAGGCAACUCAUCCAGGCCCGCACGCGUUCGACUCCCGCACCCGUAUUUUCCUGGUAUUUCAUCACCUGGUAGCAGAACCCAUGGCAGAACCCAUGGCAUGAACCCCCUGGGGCAGCGGCUUCGACAUGAAUUCAACUUCUGGCCGGAUACAAGCCGCAGAGCAGCGGAGGCGGAGGAAGUAAGACAGCUGCAAGAACAGCAACAAAUACAGCAGCGAAAACUACAAAAACAACAAAUGCAGCGGGACAGAGUUGAACGUAACAAACAGGAACAAAAAAGAAAACUGUAUGGACGUAGACAAGCUCAGAAACAACGACAGCAACAACAGGAUGCAGACGAUGAUGAGGAGGAGGAGGAAGAGGAAGAAGAAGUAGAUGAGGAUGAAGAGGCAGCGGCUUGUGCUGCUGAAAGGCAACAGUCUAUAGAAGAGCUUCUGACAUAUAUCGGACCCAACAACAGAAGCACAGACCCAGCGCCAGCUACAGCUGCAAGGAAAGCAAAAGCAGGAAGGGGUGUCAAGGCCUCUCUCUGGGCCGCCCGCAGGUGGUCACGCAGGGCCGGGGACAACCAGGCGAGCAGGGGGGCCCCCAGGGGGGCCCCCCCCGCCUCGCAGCUGCCUCGUAACGGGGCAUCUGAAGGGCCGCAGGGAAGCGGCAACAAACAGGGGGGACCACCACCACCAGGGGGGGGUGGAGGCGGAGGGGAUGGUGCUGCUGGUAAGAGUGCCUCGCAGCCGACGGCAGGUGCAGCAGGAGGUGCAGGUGGUGGUGCUGUUGGGGGAGCUGGAGCAGCAUCUCCUGCUGUAGUUGCUGCUGCUGCUGCUGCAGUUGGAGGUACAGCAGGGAGGGUACCAGGCCAGCAUCUCCUGCUGUAG